AGGUACCCAAGGUAUCUGCUAACGAGGGGGAUGCCAGGUACCUCUCGCGACGUGAGACCGGCAUUCAACACGAGGUUAUACCUACUAUUACCUGCUAGCCAUACACCUUCGAGUCGAGGCAUGGAAAGUGGGAGGAGUACAUAAGGUCCCUAAGCAGCAUGUAUCGUACCUCAGGUGCCAGCCCAGUACACCCCGCGUGAGUGUCUGUGAUGCUGCCCCUAUUCCGGUACCCGGGCAUCCUCCCUCGUCCUCUUCCCCCGCGUGUGACGGCAUCAGCCAACCCCACCAACAUCCUAACUACCAGACUGAUUUUCUCCAAGACGCAGAGCGCACACGUCGAGCAUGACCUUGUCAGCCCGCACCCAGCUCGCCCUAUUGCCACUCGCAAGCUGUCACCCCGGUCUCCGUGUUAUUUCGCGGCUCUGUCGACUUUGAGUGAAGACGAACCCUUUCACACCACCUUUUGAGGGCUUGCCAUGGUCUACUUCCACUUCAGUAUCGACUGCGAUAAUGCCUAGUCUCGCGCGGAAAUUGCUGAUAUGCGCUGCUGUUGACGGCCUCAUAAUCCAACCUCUGUCCACCAAGGGCCAGCGAGUCUCUCCGCCCGUCAGGAUAAAGUAUGGAGAUGCCGUCGUCUCUUCCCUCCCGCGCGACCAGUCGCCCGACACUUCUACGCCCAAUUCGUGCUUCGAAGCUUUCGGCAUCGUAGGGCUCUUCACCGUCUCCCGCCUAAGCUACCUAGUCACCAUAACUGGCCGCCAGCAAGUCGCCCAGGUUCGAGGGUUUCCCGUCUACGUAGUCACCGAUGUCGCGCUCACUCCUUGCACAAGUCGGAGCGAGGCCGAGUCCGCUAUCGCGAACACGGCUACCAAGUUACGACGUUCGUCACCCGACAAGCCCUCCGAAGACAGCGAGAUGGAAAGCGAUGCCGAUGCGGCAUCGGUAGGCGGCGGCGGCGACGUAGAAGACCCGGGCGCGCUUAGCGACCGUGAGUCCUCGGAAAAUCAAAAUGUGCCAGAGGUGGGUGGCGAGAGGAGCAGCAUAGCGGAAGACGUCAUCAAACGGCGCGGGAGCUAUGGACGUUUCGCGCAGCGCUGGUUCAGUCACAGGGGCUGGCUGGUGGACCAGAAACGCAAUCUGGGUAUGACCAGCGUUGGAAUCGACCAGUCUAUCGCGGCGAACGGCAGCACAAAGAAUGGGAAUGCGGACAAGGAGCUGAGUGACACGGUGAGAGAGGAGAAGAUUGACCCGCCGCCGGGGCCAUCGACCGGCGAAAGUCUGGUGCCCAAGCUGCUGCGAUUUGCACAUAUCUGGCUCGGAACUUCCAAAAGCUUCGUGUUCUCUUAUGACUUGGAUAUCACGAGAAGUGUCGCCAGCCGGUCUGCCGCCGCCGCAGCCACGGCGGGAGUCGAGCUUCCGCUACACCAAGCAGCUGACCCCACGUUCUUUUGGAAUCGAAAUUUGCUGGAACCAUUCUACGGGCUGAGUGACGGGUCGCUGCUACUGCCACUGAUGCAAGGCUUUGUGGGACAGAGGACGUUUGUCGUGGAUCAACAUCCGCCGCAGAUCGAUUCUCAGGAGGACUCGAUGGAACUAAGCGAUAUGACGCCGUCCCGAAAGUCUAACGAGGGAACCCCCCCUCUCCAGGAGGCGCCUACUAGCCGCAGGCCGUCGGAAAGGGAGUUCGUCAUCACGCUGAUCUCUAGGAGGUCGGCGAGGCGUGCCGGGCUACGAUACCUUCGGCGGGGGAUUGAUGACAAUGGGCAUGCCGCGAAUUUUGUCGAGACGGAACAGAUACUCUCUAGUCCAACUUGGGACCGUUCGUCCAAAAUCUUCUCGUUCGUUCAGCUACGAGGUAGCAUACCCCUUUUCUUCACUCAAUCGCCGUAUUCUUUCAAGCCGAUCCCGGUUCUGCAGCAUUCCCCAGAGGCGAACUUCCGGGCUUUCAGAAAGCACUUUGAGCUCUUGGGCAGGACGUACGGACCCAUACAGCUUGUCAACCUAGUCGAAAAGCACGGCGUCGAAUCCAUAGUCGGGAACGAAUACGAGAAGAUGGUGAAUAAGUUCAACGAACUAAACGCGGAAGAUACGCAACCCCUUUCGUUCGAAUGGUUCGACUUCCACUCUGCAUGCCGCGGUAUGAAGUUUGAGAAUGUGAACUUGCUCCUGGACAUACUAGGCCGGAAGAUCGAGAAAGCCGGCAGCACGGUAGAGAGGGAGGGCCGAUUAGAUCGAAAACAAGACGCCGCCCUGAGAACAAAUUGCAUGGAUUGUCUCGAUCGAACCAAUGUCUGCCAAAGUUCGUUCGGAAAAUUCAUGCUCGAUCUGCAACUAAAGGAAGAGGGUGUCGAUAUGUCAGCUCAGCUCGACCAGGAAAACUCUUGGUUCAAUACCCUCUGGGCUGACAACGGGGACGCCAUCUCUAAGCAAUAUGCCUCUACUGCUGCGAUGAAAGGCGACUAUACUAGGACGAGGAAGAGAGACUACCGCGGUAUGGUGAACGACCUCGGCUUGUCGCUAACGCGAUUUUAUAACGGGAUGGUCAACGACUACUUUUCUCAGGCUGCUAUCGAUUUCUUCCUAGGUAACGUCUCGUCGAUGGUCUUCGACGAGUUUGAAGCGACUAUGAUGAGCAAGGAUCCUGGCGUGUCGAUGUCGGAGAUGAGGGAACAGGCCAUCGAGACGUCCCGGAAUAUUGCCAUAGGGGAUGAUAAGGAGGACUUUAUCGGCGGAUGGAUACUUUCGAGCCCUCACGUAUCGGAUACCAUCAAGGCUCUACCAUUCGAAGAGGUGGUCCUUCUCCUAACCGACACGGCACUCUACUUAUGCAGGUUUGACUGGAAGCUCGAUAAAGUAUCGUCUUUUGAGCGGGUAGAUCUGGCACACAUCGUUGGCAUCAAGGUCGGCACGUACAUAACCUCAACCAUCUCGCCGGCGGAAGCGGACGAGUCGAGGAAUGUGGGAAUCGUCAUCACCUACGAACCCGGAAAAUUCGACAUCAAGAGAACCAACACGCGAUCCCUAUCCAGCACUUCCGGAUGGUCCGAGCAGCCGUCGGAGCAGGAUACCACGUCCGCCGACAACCCGCCGGCCGCCCCAUCCAGCAUCCUCAACCAGGGAAUCUUCGGCGCCAUCGCGAGUAAGCCGCAGCAGGGGGUAACGACGACGACGCCGCGUAAGCUGGCGCUUAAGGCGCUACAUGCUAAAACGGCCAUCUCCAACGCGAGAGACGUUAAGAGGAUCACGGAAGAGGGGCAAAUCAACGUAGUGGCUACCGAGAUCGAGCGCCUGGUGCUCCUCAACCAACCGCCGCCUCCAACCUCAAGCCGAGGAGACGACGAAGGCGGAGGAAAGGGGAAGGGGAUCGAUUCACGACAGCAGCCGAAGAGCAUAAUAGAGAGGGGAGAUAUCAUCUCUCUCGCCGAGGCGAAGAAGAGCACGGGGAUAUUAGAGCAGUGGGCGCACGGGAUAAAGAAGCUCGUCUGGGCGUAGCCAGGGAGGCGAAUAGACAGGGUACGAGGUAGAGCGUAGGCUGCUUCGUUGGCAUAGCACACACGUGCAUAUGUACGCAGGUGUAGGUAUACCCAGGCGACGAGACAGACAAUUUGUAUGUAUAUAGGUAGAAAGCGUGCGUGUC